AUGGCUUCGGAUAACGACACCGGCGAAAAACAAAAUGGGCCACCACCACCGGCGGCGGCGGUUGCAGAGUGUACCGUGGAAGAGGUGGCUCUGGUGGUGCCGGAAACCGACGACACAUCACUACCGAUUGCAGUUCUUCCGAUCGGAAAAUUCAUGGCGGCGACGUUGCCGACGAAGGAGUACAAGUUAAUGGGUCGGAGCUUUAGCUUGAAUCCGGGUCCGUUUAACAUGAAGGAGCACGUGAUAAUCACUGUGUUUGCAAAUUGUGGGGUGUCUACAGGUGGGGGUGAUGCGUACUCCAUUGGAGCCAUUACUGUUAUGAAAGCUUAUUAUAGACAGAGCUUGAGUUUCCUCUGUGGUUUGAUUAUCGUUUUGACUACUCAGAUAUUAGGGUAUGGAUGGGCAGGAAUGCUGAGAAGGUAUCUGGUUGAUCCAGUGGAGAUGUGGUGGCCAGCAAACCUAGCUCAGGUUUCUCUCUUUAGGGCAUUGCAUGAGAAGGAAAACAAAGGUGAAGGCAUGACAAGGAUGCGAUUUUUCAUGAUAUUCCUGGUUUUAAGCUUUGCGUAUUACGCACUUCCAGGCUACCUUUUUCCCAUUUUGACCUUCUUCUCAUGGGUUUGCUGGGUUUGGCCACACAGCAUCACCGCCCAACAAAUCGGCUCCGGCUACCAUGGGUUAGGAGUCGGCGCCUUCACCCUCGACUGGGCUGGGAUCUCCGCCUACCAUGGCAGCCCAUUAGUCACCCCUUGGACUUCCAUUCUCAACGUCGGAGCAGGCUUCAUCGCUUUCAUCUACAUCAUCGUUCCGAUUUGUUACUGGAAAUACGAGACAUUUGAUGCCAGAAAAUUCCCGAUCUUCUCCAACAAGCUAUUCACCGCCACCGGCCAUGAGUACGACACCACCAGAAUCUUAACCCCACAAUUCGAUCUCAACAUCGCUGCUUACAAUAGUUACAGCAAGCUCUACUUAAGUCCUUUGUUUGCGCUUUCAAUUGGAUCCGGAUUCGCCAGGUUCACCGCCACUCUCACCCACGUUGCCUUAUUUCAUGGCGGGGAUAUAUGGAAGCAGAGUAAAUCGGCAGUGAAGAAUGCUAAGAUCGACAUCCAUGCGAAAUUGAUGCAGAGCUAUAAACAAGUCCCGCAAUGGUGGUAUCUGGUGAUGUUGGUAGGAAGCAUCGCGUUGUCUCUGGUGAUGUGUUUCGUUUGGAAAGAAGAUGUGCAGCUUCCAUGGUGGGGUUUUCUCUUUGCUUUUGGUCUGGCUUGGCUCGUUACUCUCCCCAUUGGAGUCAUUCAAGCUACUACAAACCAGCAACCUGGAUAUGACAUCAUAGCACAGUUCAUAAUCGGGUAUAUUUUGCCUGGAAAACCGAUUGCGAAUCUGCUGUUCAAAAUCUACGGAAGAAUCAGUACAAUUCAUGCUCUUUCUUUCUUGUCGGAUCUGAAGCUAGGGCACUACAUGAAGAUCCCACCUCGAUGCAUGUUCACAGCUCAGCUCGUCGGAACCCUAGUUGCAGGGACGGUGAAUCUCGCGGUGUCAUGGUGGAUGUUGGAGAAUAUCGAGAAUCUGUGUGAUAUCGAGGGGCUUCAUCCCGAAAGUCCAUGGACAUGCCCCAAAUUCAAAGUUACAUUUGAUGCUUCUGUGAUUUGGGGACUCAUCGGACCAGAGAGACUCUUUGGAUCCGGAGGUUUGUAUAGAAAUCUCGUAUGGCUGUUUCUAAUCGGAGCUUUCUUGCCGGUGCCGGUGUGGAUAAUGAGCAAGAUUUUCCCGGAAAAGAAAUGGAUUCCGUUGAUUAACAUACCUGUUAUAUCAUAUGGUUUCGCCGGAAUGCCGCCGGCGACUCCCACAAACAUAGCAAGCUGGCUUGUCACCGGAAUGAUCUUUAACUAUUUUGUGUUCAAGUACCGGAAACAAUGGUGGCAGAAGUACAAUUACAUCCUUUCGGCGGCGCUGGAUGCAGGUACGGCGUUCAUGGGCGUGCUGCUGUUCUUCGCCUUGCAAAACGAAGGGGUUAAUUUGAAGUGGUGGGGGGCAAAGCCUGAUCACUGUCCUUUGGCCACGUGUCCAACAGCUACCGGAAUUAAUGUCACCGGUUGCCCGAUAUUCUAGGCGCGGGUAGCAGCAGCAGCAAUAUAUUGUAGCUAGCUAGAAUACGAGUGUUUGUUACUUUGUUUGCAAGCAUAAACUUGUUAAUAUAUGGGUCCUACUUAUU